GGCUUUGAUUAGUGCAACCAAAUUAAUCACAGUUGACUUCCGGUUUAGUUCCUAGACGAACAUCUGUUUUGGAAAAGUUAUCACUGGAUUUUCAUCAUGGACAGAGAUGGUAUCCUGUCCUAUUUCAGUAAUUUGGUCCAUGCAGACCCGGACAUGUCCGCUGCUGUGGCUGCCAUCAAGACAUUAUUGCACUUUCUGGAGGUCAACAAAGUGGACACAUUAGCAGAGAUGCGUGACCGUAUGAAGGAUGCUAUAUUGACACUGACGGAAACAGACAGUAGUACAACAUCUAUUUCCUCUGCUGGAGAACUCUUCCUACGCUUCAUAACACUCGCUACUCUAGAACAUUCAACGAUUCAGGAAUGCCAGAGAAUUCUAGUCAAAAGAGGGAAUUUGUUCUUGCAAAAAGUUUCAGAUUCCCGUCAGAAGAUCGCAAGACAAGCUCACCCCUUUAUACGAGACGGUGCGACGAUUCUGACCCAUUCCAAGUCCAGAGUUGUAUUACAAGUGUUGAAGGAGGCGGCCGAGGCAAAGAAACGCUUCAAUGUGUUCAUCACAGAAUCUCUACCAGACAACUCAGGUCGUGAAGUGUCUAAGGAGCUUACAGAUAUGGGUAUCCCCACCACAGUGGUUUUGGAUGCUGCUGUUGGGUAUGUGAUGGAGAAGGUGGACAUGGUGUUGGUCGGAGCGGAGGGCGUUGUGGAGAGUGGGGGCAUUAUCAACAAGAUUGGUACAUAUACAUUGGCAAUUUCAGCCAAAGCUAUGAAUAAGCCGGUCUAUGUUGUAGCAGAGAGUUUCAAAUUUACACGACUUUUUCCGCUAAAUCAACAUGAUGUGCCAAAUCAGUUUAAGUACCACGCAAGUACACUUCGGACGACGACAGACCUAUCUAAAGAACACCCUCUGGUGGACUAUACACCUCCCUCCUAUAUCACACUUCUUUUCACGGACCUUGGCGUCCUGACGCCUUCGGCCAUCUCGGAUGAGCUAAUCAAGCUAUACUGCUGAUAUUCAGACGCCAUGGAUGUAAUUUUUCAAGGACAUUCUUUAGUAAACAAAUGCAGAAAGUCAUGGUCAUAAAUGUUUGACUUUGGAAAUUUUGUUUUUGAAAUAUAAAUGUGAAAUAAAAUAAAUGCAUUGUUCUUAACUCAUUCAGAAUGAUUGAUGUCAAUUUCAUGUAAAAUAUGAAUGAAAUUAAAAAUUGUUGACAGUUGA